AUGGUGCCAAAUCCCAGGUGUGUGGAGGAUCCGGAUCAGGUGAAGCAAGAAGUGGUUAGGCAUUUCAGUCAGCUGUUCUCAGAGAAUUGGAAAAUUAGGCCAAAAAUUCUGGACCCUUUUGCUGUUAUUAACUCUGUGGAUGCUGUUACUCUGGAAGCUGUUUUCUCUAAAGAGGAGGUAUGGGAAGCAGUGCAAGACUGUGAUGGGAACAAAGCCCCAGGUCCAGAUGGUUUUAACCUUAAUUGUAUUCAGAGGUGUUGGCCUAUAUUGAAAGGGGAGAUCUUAAGUAUGGUGAAUGAAUUUCACCAAAAUGGCAAGCCAUCUAGAGGGGUUAACAGCUCUUUCAUAGUUCCUAUUCCUAAGAAGGAAAAUCCCAUAGGCUUGGGGGAUUAUAGACCUAUCAGCUUGGUGAACUCUGUCUAUAAAAUUUUAGCAAAAGUGCUUUCAAGGAGGCUUAGGAGAGUGUUACCAUCUGUGAUUAAUGAGGUUCAGUCUGCUUUUGUGAGUGGUAGGCAAAUCUUAGAUGGUGUGCUAAUAGCAAAUGAAGUUGUAGAUGCAUGGAAAAGAUCAAAAAAGAGAGGCAUAAUUCUAAAAUUGGAUUUUGAAAAAGCUUAUGACUCACUCAAUUGGGAAUUUUUGUGGUCGAUGAUGAAUAAUUUGGGAUUUGCCAGGGUUUCUGUGUUGGUUAAUGGCUCACCUACAGAGGAAUUCCAGCCACAGAAGGGGCUAAGGCAGGGUGACCCCCUUUCACCUCUUUUGUUUAUAAUUGCAGCGGAAUCUCUCAACCUUUUAUUAGCAAGGGCAGUAGAGAAGGGCUUGUUUAGAGGAGCCUUAGUUGGUGGUAAUGGUUUGCGCAUCUCUCAUCUCCAGUUUGCAGAUGACACUAUAGUGUUUUGUGAAGGAGAUCAGGAGGAGGUGCUCAACAUUAAAAGGGUGUUGAGGUGCUUUGCAGUGAUGUCUGGAUUAAAAAUAAAUUACCAUAAGAGUGCUGUAUGCGGAGUGGGUUUCCAAGAAGAUGAAAUUGUGGGUUUAGCCCAAAGAUUGAAUUGUCUAUCAAAGAAAUUACCUUUUAACUUUUUAGGACUGCCUCUAGGGGCCAAUCCUAAGAGGAAGAGCACUUGGAACCCCAUACUGGAUAAGUGGGGUGGAUCUAAGGCUGGGAGGAGUGUUCACUUGGUUAAUUGGGGUGAGGUUACUAAGAAUAAAAAUCAAGGGGGUUUGGGUGUGAGAGAUUUGGGUGAGGUGAAUGAUUGUAUGUUGUUAAAAUGGUGGUGGAGAUUUGGUGCAAAGGAUAAAGCUUUGUGGAAAUCAGUAGUAUGCUCUAGGUAUGUUCGUUUCGGAGGGGGUUGGGUACCAACUUUGCACAACACUGAUGGGGCGUCGGCAGUGUGGAAGGAUAUAGUGCAGCUCAAUUCACUUAACCAGUCUUUGGGUGUGUUUUAUAACCAGAAUUUAAGGCUAUCAGUGGGAAAUGGAAGGAGGAUUCAGUUUUGGACAGAUGCUUGGCUUAAUGGUAGAGGUUUGAAUGAGGAGUUUCCCAGAUUAUUCAGUCCAUCCACUGAGAAGGAAGAAUCCUUACAGCAAAUUAGUGCCAAGAAGAGCCUUGGGGUGUGGCAGCUCCAAUUCAGAAGAAGGCUGCUGGCAUGGGAGGAAAAGGAGCUGCAGAGGUUGUAUGUCGUUCUGGAAUCAGCGCCUGAGCUUAGAGUGGAAGCUGAAGACUCUUGUUCUUGGCUUACAUCAAAGUCUGGUAAGUUCUCUGUAUCAUCAGUGUGGAGUUGGUGGGUUGUAAAUAAAGGUCCUGGAUUGAGGGUGCCAGCUGGGGUCUGGGCAAGUCUGGCUCCUCCAAAGAUGCAGUUUCUCUGCUGGCUUGCUUGGAGAGGACGAGUUAAGACAUCUUCCUUCCUCCAACGGAUUGGGAUUCUACCUCCCAAUGCACAGAUCCAGUGUGUGUUUUGUCAAUCUGCGGAGGAGUCUUUGGAGCAUGUGUUGCUGUUUGCCCUCUGGUUUGGAGGUGCUGGGCAGCCAUGGCUAGCUGGUGGGAUCAGAAUUUGGUCAUCCCUGGUUCUGUUGAGGGUCUGCUCCAAUGGUGGUCUGGGG